AUGGCACUCGUAACGAAGACUGGCUUUCUACGGUCUCGCGUAAAACCUUUGAGUUUUCACAACGAUUGCGUGAGAGCUUGCCGAGGAUUUUUCGGGGGCUGUUCCUCGAGCCCCGGCGGGCUUCGUGCCGAGCGAUUGAUCAAGAGACUUUUGGGACUGGUGAGCGGAGCAGUGGCGACGUGCGGAUCAAUAAUUUAUCUGAUUGACAGAUCUUUGCUGGCGUCGGGCCUCGAGGCAAAGCCGCCGAGUUAUCCUUGGUCGAUGAACGGAAUUUUGUCCUCGCUCGAUCACUCCAGCAUACGUCGAGGGUGGCAAGUUUAUCGGAGCGUUUGUUCGACCUGUCACAGCAUACGUUUUCUACGUUUCGAUCAACUCGUUAACGUUUCCCAUACUGAGAGCGAGAUGAAAGCUAUCGCGGCCCAGUACCAAAUCGACGACGGGCCCGACGACGAUGGAAAUUAUUUCAAGAGGCCGGGAAAACUGCAGGAUCGAGUGCCCGAGCCAUUCCCAAACGAGGAAGCCUCCCGAGCAGCCAACAAUGGGGCAUAUCCGGUUGAUCUAAGUCUCAUUAUAAACGCCAGAAGAGCUGGCAAAGAUUAUCUUUUCUCACUGUUGACUGGAUACUGCGAAGCACCAGCGGGAUUCGAAUUGGCCGAAGGACAACUAUUCAAUCCGUAUUUUCCUGGUGGAGCUAUAUCCAUGCCUGAGAUGGUGCAAGAUGGAGCGGUGGAUUACGAAGACGGAACCCCGGCGACUCGUUCCCAGAUCGCGAAGGACGUUGUGGAGUUUUUGACGUUCGUGGCAAACCAGGAUUGGGAAAUGAGGAAAGUAUCGGAGAUGAAGAGCGUCGGAAUUUGCGGGAUCCUUUUGGCCCUGCUAACUCACAUGAACAGAUCGCGGUGGGUGACGGUGAAGAGUCGGAAGAUAUUUCACGUGCCAAAGACCAAGUGAUUGAACAUUGUGAGCCUAAUAAUAACGGUGGAAAGAACAUAAGUCGAAGCCAAGACCGAGAAGAUCGAGACUUUGAGUCUGGGGGGGGAUUGCGAAUGAUAAAAUGAAAAGCGGAGAUCGAGAAUAAAGUGUUAUUUAUUUUUUUUUUUAUUUUUUUUUUCAAUAUUAUUUUUCUUUAUUUAUUAAAUCAUUGUGAGACGUUUCUAGAGUCGCGUAUUUACGUUGGUUAAUCUCGCAUGCUGGCAAAACGAGACCGUUUAAUACGCGGGACACUCGACAUCAAGAAAUCUCGACGGAGAUUGUUCAAGUUGUAAAUGGGCGUUCCGCGUUGCGCGGAAAUACCGAAUAAACACGAUGAAAACAA